AUGCCUCCUGUUGGGCCGUUGGGCCGUGCGGGCCGUGCCGGCCAGGAAGAGUACCGCAUCGACCAAGAAGCGCAAGUGGCGACUCAGACCAACAAGCAGGAGGAGCUCAGUGAGGAGAGCGAUGGCGAGGCUGAGCAGAUCACGGUGGAGGAGUUAGAGCAAUGGAAAGAGACGCUUGCGGAGGAGGAGAAGCGUGAGCAGAUGGAGAAAGACGAGCAGGAAAGAAUCGCAAGAGAGGAGGAGAAAAGACGCAGGGAAGCCGAAGAGGAAACACGUCGGCAGCGUGAGGAAGAAGAGGCCAAAGCCCGGAAAGAGGCUGAAGAGGCUCGAAAAGCAGCUGAAGAAGCUGAACAAGAAAGGCGGCGCCAGGAGGAAGACCUGAUACCUCCUGGUGCGCACCCACCCGAUGUCUUGGGUUUGAUUCCUCCAGGUCUGAAGCCCGACAAGGCUCACUUGUACAAAACCUCGUUCUGCAAACGAUGGGAGCAAGGCAACUGUAAUUUCGGCUCCGCAUGUCACUUUGCACAUGGCGAGCGCGAGCUGAGAGGACGGAUGCCCUCGCAGGGCCUCGUCCUCGGCAACCCUUCGGCGCCUCUGAGGCCUGCUGGCGGAGUGUCUUUGGGGCCCUCGGUGCCGGUGUCGCCGCCGCGUCCUCCAAUCCCACCUCGGCCACCCGUUCCUGUGCCAAUGGGUAAAGGAGACUGGAAGGGCGGAGCCCUGAGCAAAGGCAAAGUCGGCGAGCUGGGCAAAGGCAAGGACGGAGCUUGGGGACACGACGACUGGGGCGACUGGGGCGACUGGGGCGACUGGGACUGGGGCUCUGCUGCCUCUGCCUCUGGAGCCUGGGGGUGUGGAGCUGGUGCAUGCGCCUGUGCCGGCUGUGGCAGUGUCAGUGGCUGCAGUGCCUGUGGCGGCUGCGGAUGCGUCGGAGUCGGCUACGGUGGUGGAACUGGCUGCGGGUGCGGGGCCGGCUGUGCAGCCGGAUGUUCGGGUUGCGGCAUCUUGGAGGGAAACUGGGCCGCAGACUGGACAGGAGGUGGCCAGGCAGACUUGGUCCGCGUUUUGAGCCACCAAGACAGGACGGGAGGUUUGGCUGUGCUGGAGUGCCCUUCUAUGGACACCGACCCUGACCCAAGCGAGGAGUACGGUCGUUACGGAUGUUGGCCAGUGCCACACGACAGGCCGGAGCCAAUGGAGAGGAGUGCGGUGCCUGGCACCACGGGCGCUUCGCUUCCGUGCAUCUACGGAGCCGCCUCGAAGCCGGGCCCGGAGCGAAGCGACCUGGCGAAGUGUGAGGGCAUACAGAGCCCCAAGAUUAUGGAAGCAGCACAGAAAGCUGGAAAGGAUCGUUUCGGCCCCCGCAGUGCUGGUGCUGGCACCGACGGAGCUCGAUACAGCAGUGCAGUGGAAUCGCUUUGUAAGGACCUCGAGUUCGUCACUGGUGAGUCUGGCGACGUCCAGCUUGAUCCCACACUCGCCUACGGAGCCGCAGCACUGACAUUCAAGGACGUGAGCUUCGAGCUGCCAGGCGGGGGCCGAAUUCUGGCCCCAUGCUCCGGACACUUCGAGCCCGGCACGUUAGUCGCGCUCAUGGGUCCUUCUGGAAGCGGCAAGACCACGCUGCUGGACAUCCUUGCUGGGAAGAAGACCUCGCCCUACACGGGGCAAGUUCAUCUCAAUGGCCUGCCCCGAAACGAGCUCUUCCCUCGCCUGACGAGCUAUGUCCCACAGGACGACGUGAUGUUCCCAACCGUCACGGUGAAGGAGCAAGUCAUGUUCCACACCGCCCUAAAGACAGAGGUGCCUUCCACCGUCCACCGUGAGGAUUGGGCGAAGACCAUCGAGCUUCAACUCCGAGCUGUGGGUUUGGAGGAGGUGCAGAACUCCUUGAUCGGGAGUGAUGUCGUGCGGGGCAUCUCUGGUGGGCAGAGGCGCCGCGUGUCGCUGGCUUGCGGCCUGGCGACCGGCGCACAAAUCUUCUUCUGCGAUGAGCCGACGUCUGGCUUGAGCGCCACGGAUGCCGAGCAGUGCGUGAGGUACAUGCGUCUCCUGUGCAAAAAGUACGGUGUGAGCAUAGUAGUUGCAAUCCACCAGCCGCGGCAAGAGGUUGCUGUCCUCUUCGAUCAUCUUCUGCUCCUGACGAGUGGGGACGUCGUCUACAACGGCAAGAUGACCGAGGCGCGGCGAUAUUGGAGCGACGCGGGCUUUCCUGUCCCGGACCUGGUUUCUCCGACGGACUACUUCCUGGACUUGGUGACGCCCGGGACGCUGGACUCCCAGGUGGAGCACUUCCGGGAGUUUUAUCAGAGCAGUCGCAAGGGCAAGGCCUCCGUCGAUGAAGUCGUGGACCGGGAGCUCUGUAAGGCCGCGUUGACGGCGGAGGAGCUCUUGGAGGCCAGACACCGGCGACUGUCGCAGUUUGGAGACAUGCCACCAUUGAGGUCUCACAGCAUCUACGGCGUCAGGUUCCGGAAGCAACUGCAGAAAGUCUUUUGUAGGCAAGUACGCCUCCUCCUUCGGGAUCAGCAGGGAGUGCUUACCGAGAUUUUGGUGGCCAUAGCGCAGGCUUUGGUUGUAGGUGCAGCGUACAUUGGCAUUGGAAAGGGAGAAGAUGCUGGAUAUCACCAGGUCGGAUUCUACUUCAUGUUGGUAAUGACAUGCGCCCUCUCCGGCAUCAAGGUCAUGCCGAAGGCGAUCGCAGAGCGCACGGUCAUGAAGCUGGAGGUUUCCGAGGUGCUGUACAGUGACUGGGCAUACAUUAUUGCCUUUACCAGCCUCAACCUUCUCCUAUCGCUCGUUUGCAAUGCGCUUUUCGUGACACUGGUCUUCGCCUUGAGCGAGCUGGAAUGGACCGUGUUCCCAAUUGUUCUUUUGUGGAAUAGCAUCAUCUACGUGAGUAUGGACAGCCUGUACCUCAUGGUGGCUGCAGCGGCCAAAGACUCCAGUUCUGCACAGAUUCUGCUGGCACCAUUCCUGACGAUGGCCAUGCUCUUCAACGGCUUCACGGUCUCGCGCAAGUCGGUGCCGGAGUUCAUGGCCUGGGCGUUGGAGCUCUCUCCCGUGGCCCAUGCUAUGGAGGAGAUGGUGCUCGCCAUCCAAGAGAGAGCCGACAGUGAUGAGCUGAAAGUCGUGGAGAUCCUUUUCGGCUUCGAGAGCCACAUCGGCAGAUCUCUAGGCGUCCUUCUCGGAUGGUUCCUGGUCUUCAGAAUCGCUCAAAUCAUCUGCUUGAAGACUUUGCACCACAUCAAACGCUGA